AUGAAGUCUGCGCUUGGGGUGCUCAUUCUGGUCCUGAUCACCAGCCCUGCAGUCUGCGCGCCGUCGCGGCGAUCACAGGCCCUGUUGAAGAAGUUCUCUUCGCUAGUGAUCUUCGGUGACAGCUACACCGACGACGGCGUCUAUUCGUACACCCCACCGGUGGCAGCGCAGUCAACCGACGAAUGGGACGGAGGCCGCGCAUGGCCGAGUUACGUCCAACAGUACACGGGGAUCAACCUCUACGACUACGCCGUGGCAGGCGCGGUCUGCGACUCCGUCGAGGCCGACACCUCGCGCAACGGGGUGAAACAAGACCAGCUACCCAAGUUCCUCGCCGACAAUGAGUAUGUCAACAAGACCACCGGCCAGACCGCUCUCAUCAACCGACCCGCCGAGACAGUCUACGCAAUCUGGAUUGGCACCAACGACUUGGGCCCCGGCAGCUUUCUCACUGAGGAGCAGCCCGCCGGUAUGGCCCUGACCUACUUCACCGACUGCGUGUAUACCCAGCUCGACCGACUGCACGCUGCCGGCGCCCGCAACUUCGUGCUGAUGAAUCUCAUCGCGCUGGAGCUGGCUCCGGAAUACGCCACCCCGCAGAACGGGGGCCUCCCCACGGGGGAGUACUGGACGGACAAGUCCACGUACGACCCGAACAUCACGCAGUCGAGCGAGAAGAUGCGCCAGUACUCGACGCUGGUGAACGCGGUGUUCAACUAUCAGACGCCGUACGAGGUGCAAAUCGCCCAGCGGUAUCCGCAGAGUAGCUUUGCGCUCUAUGACACGCAUGCUUUGACGACGGAUAUCUGGGAGAACCCGUCCCAGUACCUGAACGGCACUGCGCCGCUCAACGUCACCAGCUCGAUCUAUCGGUGUGGCUCCGCCUGCAGCACAAGUGCGGUCCGGGACAGCUAUAUGUGGUGGAACGACCUCCAUCCGUCUGAGCAGACGGAUCGCAUCAUUGCGCGGGAGUUUGUGAAUGUGGUCAAGGGGCAGAGCAAGUGGGCCAAGUAUUGGAAAAGCUAG